CCGCUCAAUACACACCCACGCUUCAUAGAAAAUGCAAAAUGGGGAUCUAGCGAUUCGACAGACACGCCUUGGACCAUCUCCAAAGAAAGACCUCGCUAUCAUCGAUCUUAAACCUUUACAUGCAGAGCCCAAGCGUUGUUCCUCCAAGAGCCCCUCGCCCCAGAGCUCCCCGGUAACUGGUCCUGCGUUUAUAUUCCGACUCCCGCAAGAGCUUCUAGUCUCUAUCAUUGAGCUUGCCAUUUUUGAACCUAAUGAUCGGCAUGGAUGCUCCGACUGCAGCUUCACCCCGAAUGCUAAAUGCGCGAAAGCACUAUCGCGCACAUGUUGGCGAAUAAGCCACAUCGCCCAACCAAUGCUAUUCCACACUAUAGCAUUUGAAGGCACACCGUCGAUGGUGCCACCUAAAAAGGGUGUCAUUCGGUUACACCUCGCGCUACGGCAGAAUCCGUCCCUUCGUCAACAUUGCAGACGUUUUUCCAUCGGCGUUUCAGACGCAACAACACUGAGGCCACAGGACUGGGCCAUUGCAAAAGACCUUGCAAAAUGGCUAACCAGAGUGCGAUGUUUGAAGUGUUACGGGGGGUUCGAGAAACCAAAUAAGGAUACAUGGCGUCUAAUCCAAAGCUUGAUGCAGAAGUCGGAAGACUUACGACAUUGGAGGCUUACUAGGGAAGGCUGGGGGCUUUAUCUCCAGCACGUGUUAAACGUCCCGACCCCAAAGCUUAAAAAGUUGGAGCUUCAUGGGAUUUCUGAGUUGAAAGCUCAUUCUCUGCAGCUAGACCCAAAGUUGUUCCGCACUGCGUCCUUUACCUCCCUCGCUAUAUCCGACUACGGGGAAACACCGCAAUCCACUGCUCUGCUUAUCCAGUGGCCGGCCCAGCUCGAACACUUCAAAUUUGGUAGCUUCUACAACAACCCCUGGAUGAUGGACUACCCCAUGUUCCAAUCGUGGCUUUCUAUCCACAGCAAGUCCCUCAAGACCAUCGACAUUGGCUACCUCUCUCGCAAUGGCGGUGAAAACAAGCACCUCUUCGACGCAACACUCUUCCCCAAUCUUGAAUCUUUGACGCUAUCUAGGUGGCAGAUGGGCUAUCCAGGUGAACUCACACCAUUCACCGCGGAAAGUGCGAAUUUUUUAGGGCCGAAACUGAAGUUCUUCGGAUGGAGUUUCCACAUUUAUGACCAACAUAGCGAGUCUUGGAGCGACUUUGGAGAGAAAGAAGAAGCGUGGCUACAAGAGCUUGGCGAACAUGCUAUAGCUCGCAAGGCUGCUCUCAAGACAGUCAAGAUAGGGUUCCGCCCCGAUUACUGGGCAAGAGUGGGGAGGGAUGAAUAUCCGUGGGACCGGAUGGACAAGAUUCGAGACGAGCUUCUGAGACCUAACCGCAUGGAUCUUGUUUAUUCCACACCCAUCAUAUCAAAAGAACAAUGGUUGAAAGGCAUGGAGGCGCCAAACCCGUAUGCCCUGAAUGAGACGCAGUAUGAGGAACAGUCGGAGUCAGAGUCCGAUAUUGAACCCUGGGGUCAGACACCGCCAGGCGUCCAUGGAGGCGAUAUCAGAGACUAUUUUAGUUUGCCGCGGAAUACGGGCUCCUAGUUAUCAGCGUUAAAAACCUUUGCCUGGCUUGGCUUCCACCGCCGUGGGAUCGGUAGCCCAGGAUUUCAUGGUUCGAAGGUUCCUUGCGGAACAGUUUGAGCUCUCUUGCAUGCCACCAAGACCCAGCGCGGAUCCAAACGCGAUGGGGCAAAUCUCCGAGCCGUUCUUGGCCCGUCGGAGCUUGAAUCUCUUUAUCGGUGUGCUUCCACGACCACUCUGGGUUCUUCACGAACGGGUCUCUCUCCAACAAGUUUCCAUAUCCUCAAGCAAGAGAGCUGUUUGCAGACAGUGUUACAAGACCAGUACACGGGUCAGAUGCAGCCCAUCGUGCUGAGCUAGAUGCUAGGAGACGAACAGAACCUUGAUUAGAGUGUAAUGUAAUGGCUUUACUGCGAG